CCCAUUUGUACCUGCUUAAUACCAACACACUUACCACUAAUAAUGUCUUCCCACACCGCAUUCACAAUGGCAGCCUUGUCAGCCACAGGUGGCAUUGCUGGAUUUGCUCGCACUCGCUCCUUUCCUUCUCUUAUUGCCGGUGUUGGCAUUGGCUCUCUUUAUGGUGUAGCCGGUUAUCUGAUCAAGGAGAACAAGGACUACGGACACGAGACUGCUGUUGUUGCCUCUACCCUGUUAGCCGGUGGCAUGAUUCCCCGCGCAAUCAAGACCCAGUUCAAGAAGCCCGUCCCUGUCGCUCUUUCUGUCAUUUCUAUCGCUGCCGGUGCUUAUUAUGUUAAGAAAGUAAUUGAUUACAACUAAUAUACACACUUUUUUUUUGUUAAUAUAUAUAUAUAUAUAUAUAUAUUGUAAUCGAAAUAAUAAACUACACAUCUAUAU